UUUUAUAUUUUAUAACUUUUUAUAUAUCGUUAUACAGAUUGUUUAAAAGAUAAUUAUUUCUAAUAUGGAUGAGAAUCAAGAAAGACAGUGUGACGAAUUAUCUACUUUAGAAAGCAUAUGUGGGGAGAAUGAGUUUUCUUAUUCUAUUCCUGACAAAAUUCCUGUCGGAUAUGCCGAUAUAUGCGUGGAUUCAUCGCCAAUUGAAGUCUUUUUUGUUGAUCCCAAAUCACAUAAAACAUCUUCAAUAACGGUUUCCUAUUUACCACCAAUAAGGCUGAAUUUUCAAUUGCCUAAAGAUUAUCCAAAAUCUGUGUCUCCGAAAUUUGUUAUUAGUUGUAACUGGCUUACACAUGAACAGUUGAUAAAGCUUUGUGAUUAUUUAGAUGAAAUUUGGAAUACGGAUCCAGGUGAAGAAGUUUUGUAUAAAUGGAUGCAGUUUUUGAAACAUGAAACCAUGACAUUUUUACAAAUUAAGGAAAUUAAUAUAACUCAAAGGAAAAAAACAAAUUCUGAAAAAUCUCCGAUCACCACAAAUGACUCAGAUGUUGAUAAUGAAAAAGAGAAUAAAUAA